AUGGGCGGCAACUCGAGCAAGAUAACAGCCCAAGACCAAGCAAUCUACGACCUCAAACUCCAACGCGACCGCCUCCACCAAUACCAACGCCGCAUAACCCUUCUCACCUCCCGGGAAACCGAAAUCGCCCGCGCCCUCCUCGCCCAAAACAACCGUCCCCGCGCCCUCCUCGCCCUCCGCCGAAAGAAAUACCAAGAAUCCCUCCUCGCCAAAACCGACCAGCAACUCGAGCAACUAGAAAAAUUGGUAUCUUCUGUAGAAUUCGCACUCAUCCAAAAAGACGUCGUCUUUGGGCUGCAGCAGGGGACAAAAGUCCUCAAAGAAAUCCACGCCGAGAUGGGCGGGAUCGACAAGGUGGAAAAACUGAUGGGGGAGACGGCGGAGGAGGUCGAGUACCAGAGGGAGGUGAGCGAGAUGUUGGGGGGCAGGAUCAGUGUCCAGGAUGAGGAGGAGGUGGAGGAGGAGUUGGCUGCGUUGGAGAGGGAGUUGGGAGAACCAAAGAAGAAGGAGGAGGAGACUCCUAGUAGGGUGGUGGUGGAGGGGGGGUUGCCUGAUGUGCCGGGGACGGAGUUGCCUGCUGGAGAGCAGAGGCAGGAGGGGGUCAAGAAACCGGUUGCUGAGAGGAGGGAGGCGGUUGCUGCUUGA